GGCGACCUUCGAGCUGGUCGUGGCAGCGGCACCCACGGAUGAGGGCCUGGGGCCGCGGCUCCUGUGUGGCGGCGGGGAUCGCCUCUGCGCGCUGCCGUCCUUUUCGCUGGCGGGGUCUGACCGUGGUGGUUGCGGUGCGGGCGCGGCACGGUAUGAACGGGCGGCUCUCGGUCCCUGCUCCGCCGUGCCGUUGGGUGGGAGGCAGGCGGGCCGCGAAGGAGUCGAGCCGCAGGAGUGUGGGACAGUCUGGCGUUGCUGCUGGCUGUAUCGCAAAGAAACCAGAGCAGCUCUGCACCCUGCUCGGUAAAAUGUAAAGUGUGUUUUGCUAAGCUGCUUUCCCCUUGAAGCAGCCAUGGGGAGCCAACCUUGAGGCCAAUACUGUGUGGAGUCACAGAAUGCCCCAAGUUGGAAGGGACGCUCAGGGAUCAUGGAGUCCAACUCCUGUCUCCACACAGGGUCAUCCCAAUCCAAACCCUGUGUCUCACUCCUUGUGACACUCCUUGAACUCUGGCAGCCACUGCCCUGGUGAGCCUGUGCCAUGCUCCAACCUGUGACUGAGUUCAGUCCAUUCCAGAGUCUGACCACCCUGUGGGGAAGAACAUCGCUAACCAGGUGUGGUCAUUGAGCAGCUAGCCUGUCUGGGACACAGAGCUCAUCUGGGGGGUUUUCUCCAGAUCCCAGGCCUAUCCCUCUUCUCCACACACCUGUUGACUACAAGCAGACUUUUACGUGGCACUUAAUUAACUGAGGAACACGUUGCUGCAGGGGCCUCUCAUGGUUCCAGGGCGUCGAACAUAGAGUCAAAGAAUGUUUUGGGUUCAAAGGGACCUAAAGCCCACCCAGCCCAAACCCCGUGCUGCAGGCAGGGCUGCCACUCACCAGCUCAGCUGCCCAGGGCCCCCUCCAGCCUGGCCUUGCUUUCUUUCACGUGUGGGGGCACCACAGCUUCUCUGGGCAGCUGUGCCAGGGCCUCACCAUUAGGUUUUAUUCGUCUGCAGUAUGUACUGCCAUACAACACUGUGUGGUUGCAGAGCAUUUCACGUUGUGUAACUUAAUUCUGAUGUGUAGCAGCAGUUUAUUACCCCAGUGCUCCUUAAAUAAUUCAGCACGUACUGUAUUAGUGACUUAAGACUAAAAGUGGAUUUACUGAGUUACCCAAUCCCGACCUCUGCUUCUGCAGGUAACCCUGCCUUCACUCGUGCUUGAAUCUGUCAUCUUGUGAUAAGAGUCUUACUUUAGGACUCCUUCAGGUGUAAGCUUGGAGCCCCUUCCAGCGAGCGGGCCAGACUUCGGGGCCCUGGGAGAAGAAGCUGAAUUGGUUGAAGUCGAGCCUGAAGCCAAGCAGGAAAUUCUUGAAAACAAAGAUGUGGUCGUUCAGCACGUGCAUUUUGAUGGACUUGGAAGGACCAGAGAUGACAUUAUCAUGUAUGAAAUCGCAGAUGUUUUCAAGGCGAAAAACCUCAUUGAUGUAAUGAGAAAAUCGCAUGAAGCUCGUGAAAAGUUGCUUCGUCUAGGAAUCUUUAGACAGGUAGAGGUUCUGAUUGAUACCUGUCAAGGAGAUGAUGCCCUUCCAAAUGGUUUAGAUGUAACCUUUGAGGUGACAGAAUUGAGAAGGCUAACUGGAAGCUAUAACACUAUGGUUGGCAACAAUGAAGGCAGUAUGGUACUUGGGCUGAAGUUCCCCAAUCUCCUUGGACGUGCAGAAAAGGUAACCUUCCAGUUCUCCUAUGGAACAAAGGAAACUUCCUAUGGCCUGUCAUUCUUCAAGCCACAGCCUGGAAACUUUGAAAGAAAUUUUUCAGUUAACCUGUAUAAAGUAACUGGGCAGUUCCCUUGGAGUUCUCUUCGUGAAACUGAUAGAGGAAUAUCAACAGAGUUUAAUUUUCCAAUCUGGAAGACCAAUCACACACUGAAGUGGGAGGGUGUGUGGAGAGAGCUUGGCUGCCUUGCUAGAACAGCAUCCUUUUCUGUUCGAGAAGAAAGUGGACACUCUCUUAAAUCUUCUAUAUCUCAUGCCAUGGUAAUUGAUUCCCGGAACUCUUCAAUCUUGCCAAAACGAGGUGCUUUGCUGAAAAUUAAUCAGGAACUGGCUGGAUAUACAGGUGGAGAUGUGAGCUUUCUGAAAGAAGAUUUUGAAUUUCAGUUGAAUAAGCAGCUUCUCUGGGACUCGGUUUUUUCAGCGUCGCUUUGGGGUGGAAUGCUAGUACCCAUUGGAGACAAGCCAUCCAGUAUAGCUGAUAGGUUUUACCUUGGUGGACCAACAAGUGUGCGAGGAUUCAGUAUGUACAGCAUUGGACCCCAGAGUGACGGUGAUUACUUGGGAGGAGAAGCCUAUUGGGCUGGAGGUUUGCAUCUCUACACUCCUCUACCUUUCCGACCGGGCCGUGGAGGGUUUGGAGACCUUUUCCGAACACAUUUCUUCCUCAAUGCUGGAAACCUCUGCAAUCUUAACUAUGGUGAUGGUCCCAAAGCUCACCUGCAGAAGCUGGCAGAGUACAUCCGAUGGUCUUAUGGUGCUGGAAUCGUGCUCCGACUUGGAAACAUUGCUAGAUUAGAACUUAAUUACUGUUUCCCCAUGGGAGUACAGUCGGGUGACAGGAUAUGUGAUGGUGUUCAGUUUGGAGCAGGAAUCAGAUUCCUCUAACGUGGAAGCAAUUCACAUCGGUAAUAUGAAGAUGAGCUCUCUAAUGGAAAUCAAGGCUUCAGAAUAGCUUGAUACAGUCUAAUUUUUUCUUGAAAUACUGUUACCCAUCUGAAUGAUUUACCUCCAACCCCACAAGAAACUACAUUAAAAAAUGAUGCUCUAAA